AUGGCUUGUUUAUGCCAUGGAAUGCUCAGCUUGGAAGAGCUGGAAACUGCAGAAAGACUUGACACUAACUAUAACGUGGACCCUGAGUGUUUUAUGAAUAUCAGCGAAAUUAUCAGUUUUCAUAACUAUCCAAGUGAGGAAUAUCGUGUUGAAACAGAAGAUGGAUAUAUACUUACCAUUAACAGAAUACCAUAUGGAAGGUAUAAUGGUGCAAAUAAAGCUGCACGACCUGUUGUGUUUUUGCUGCAUUGUGUCCUUGGAGAUGGUUCUCACUGGAUUUCUAACCAGCCUCACAACAGUUUUGGUUUCAUAUUAGCAGAUAAUGGUUAUGAUGUUUGGCUUGGAAAUAGCAGAGGAAACAUCUGGUCUUCAAAUCAUAAGACACUGAAGCUGUGGCAGAAGGAAUUCUGGAGCUUUAGUUUUCAUGAGAUGGGAUACUAUGACAUUCCAGCCGUCAUAAACUUUAUCCUGAACAAAACCAAACAGCAGCAGCUUUAUUAUGUGGGCCAUUCAGAAGGCACAACGGCUGGUUUCAUCUCAUUCUCUUCUUGGCCAGAACUGGCUGAAAGAAUUAAGGUCUUUUUUGGAAUGGGACCUAUAGCCACACUAAUAUAUGCUACAAGUCCGAUAUUAAAGAUCUGGCUGUAUCCUCCAUUGUUUCGGACACUGUAUUGCUGCAGAGGAAUUUUCAACUAUCCUACUUUUAUCAGAAAACUAAAGGCUGCGUUUUGUAAUUUUCAACCUAAAUUCUGCGAACUUGUUAUUUCUUUUAUAGCUGGAUCUAACGCUCCCAAUUUCAACCUGAGUCGUAUAGACGUGUAUGUAGCACAUUCUCCUGCUGGAACAUCUAUGCAAAAUCUUCUUCACUGGAAACAGAUCUAUCAUGAAAAGGUGUUUCAAGCAUAUGACUAUGGCACCAAGGAAAAGAAUAUGGAGAAGUAUAACCAGGCAACUCCUCCUGUAUACAAGAUAGAAGAUAUAAAAAUACCUGUUGCACUCUGGUCUGGUGGAAACGACUUAUUUGUGAACAUAGAAGAUAUCCAGGCAUUACUAGCACGGCUUAGUAACGUCAUAUAUCACCAACAUGUUCCUGAAUGGCAACAUCUAGAUUACAUUUGGGGACUUGAUGCACCUGAGGUUAUGUACAAACGUAUCAUUGAGAUAAUGAAAAGAUAUCAGUGAUUCCUCAGCAGCGAUGUACAGAGAACACAUGUUGUAUGAUGACAGUUUUAAGAAACACCUUAAGGUUGUGAUGAUAAUUUAAAAACAGACCUUGAAAUCUUAA